UUUAAUCCCCUUUCUGACCAAACACUGCCACCCCUUACCACUGCCAUCAUCAAGAGUCCUUUCUAUAGGCCAAGAAAGAAAGUAUUUUUCUCUUCCCUAUAAUUCUCAACUAUAUAUAUUUACUGUUUUGCCAUUUCCACACUAAACAAAAACACUUUCUUUCUCUUCUCUCUCUGAAUUUGGUUUGGGAAUAGAGAAUAGAAAGAAAAACUUUGCAGAAAAGCUCUCAAGAAACCAAACCAAACCAAGCGCUCCUUUUGUUUAGAGACAAAGAAAAUCAAAUCAGUGUGUGUUUUGCUUUACUUGGUCAAGUGGGCAGUACUUAUUGCUUAUCAUUAUUACUCUCUUACUCUGGUUUCAUGUGCUUAUGCUUACAGUUAUCAACUGAGCAAUAUACAACCUAGAGAGAGAGAGGGAAAGGAGAAGAGAGGGAAAGAGGGCAAGAGUGAAAUGGGUUAGGCUGGUUUCUGAAGUUGUGUUUAGGGAUAUUGGAGUUUUUUUAUGGUAAUGGAACUGAAAAUUUUGAAUGGCAGAGGAGUCUUUUGGGAAGAGGAGAAGCAAUAUCAGCAAGAAGAAGAAGAAGAGUCGGCUGAGAAUUAGUAAAGCUGGAAGAAGAAGAAGAAGAAAAGCAAAGACUGAGUCUGGAUCCUCAAAGAAAUCAUCAACAUCAUCAUCAAUAUCGUCAUCAUCUUCAUCAUUACCUGAACCAAACCCAGAACCAGAACCCAAUAUUUCUGCUAAACUCAAGCCAUGUAAGAGAAGAGGAACAAGAAGAACAAGUAGUAGAAGAAGAGGAAAAAGGAAAAGAAGAAGCUUUUGGUGUUGGGGUUCAGCAACAGCUUUCAUAUUUCCAAAACUUGCAGACGCAACAACAAGCUCAGAAAAAGCAGAGGUCUUUAUACAACAACAGUUUCCCUCCAUCUUCUUCAAACUCCGGCGAGAAUCGAAUCGAAUAUGCGAGGAAAAUGGGGGACUAUCCUCCUCCUCCUACUACUCAUCAAAACCAGGUCGCCCCAAUAACAUCGUCGAGAUUGGGGAUAAGGGGUGGUGGUGGCGGUGGUGGUUGUGGAGGCGAGAUUGUGGAGGUUCAAGGUGGUCACAUUGUACGGUCUACCGGCCGAAAGGACCGCCACAGCAAGGUCUGCACCGCCAAGGGACCGAGGGACAGACGAGUGAGGCUUUCGGCUCACACUGCUAUACAGUUCUACGACGUCCAAGACAGGUUGGGAUACGACCGACCCAGCAAGGCUGUCGAUUGGCUCAUCAAGAAGGCCAAGGCUGCUAUAGACGAGCUCGACGAGCUUCCCGCGUGGAACCCCAUGACUUCAUGCCAGCCGGUUGCGUCAGAGAACGCCCCGGCGGUGGAUACCAUCGCUUCUGUUAGUCGCCGGAAUUCUUCUUCGGUGACGGCUGCUGCUGCUACUGCUACGGCUGAGGCUAUGGUCGGAGAUGGUGCGCUUAACUUGCAGAGCCAGAAUCAUAUGGUUGACCACUCCAACUCCGGUGGUUUUCUUCCGCCAUCGUUGGACUCGGACGCUAUUGCUGACACUAUAAAAUCCUUUUUUCCGGAUCAUCCUCAUCAUCAUCAUCACCAUCAACAACAUCAUACGCCGCCGCCAACGAUUCAAUUUCAUCAGAGUUACCCACCAGAUUUGCUGUCCCGAACGAGUAGCCAGAGCCAAGAUCUACGCCUCUCACUUCAGUCCUUUCAGGACCCUAUUCUUCUCCACCACCAACAGCAACAACACCAAGCUCAUCAGAACGAGCAAGCCCUUUACUCCGGAACAACAGGGUUCGUCGGUUGGUCAGACCACCACCACCACCACCAGAGCCCGGCGGAGCUGAGCCGUUUACAGAGGAUUGUAGCUUGGAAUGGUGGUGGAGAUACUACCACUGGUCACAACAAUGGCGGAAACAACGACGGAAGCAGCAACACCACCGGAGGUGGAGAAAGCCUUGGGUUUAUAUUCAACUCAUUGCCGGUGGUGCAAGCUCCUUCGCCGCCAUUGCAGCCGUUCUUCGGCCGUAGUAACCACCAGUUUUUUACACAGAGGGGACCCCUUCAGUCCAGUAACACGCCCUCGGUCCGCGCUUGGAUCGACUCUUCUUCAUCGAUAUCCAUGGCCGACCACCACAACCAACAAUACUCAUCCAUGCCACCAGCAGCCAUGGGAUUCAUCUCCGGUAGUGGAUUCUCCCCCGGGUUUCACAUCCCAGCGCGGAUUCAGGGCGAGGAGGAACACGACGGCAUCUCCGAAAAGCCGUCCUCUGCUUCCUCCGAUUCUCGCCAUUGACGAAAGAAAAAAAAACCAAAGCUUUACACCAAACCCCACCUCUUGAUUUCUAUCAACCACCAUUUUUCUGCUCUUUUUACUGAAUUUCUUUCGCAGGAAUGUUGGGUCUUGAAGCUUUUGGAGAAAAAGGAGAAGGCUUUGGUGAUUCUCUUCCGUUCAAUGGCCAAAAAAAGCCGAUUGGGAAGAAGAAAAAUACUGAGUCCAGAUUCAGGUUUUUCGAUUCCUUGGUUUGUUCUUAUCAGUUUGUAUUAGUUAUAUUAAAACUUUGUUUGACUUGUUAAAGGUUUGAGCUUUUUAAAGCACAAACUUAUGCUUUGAUCUUAUUUGUGUUUUUUACUUUCAUUUCUAGUGUUCAAUGGGAACCUUUUUUCAUUUUCUGGUCUCAUUAGGCUUCUGUGAAAAUUCUUGCUGAAACAAGAGUUGUUAUGUAGUUGUUUUAUGUUUGGUUAUGGAUUUUGAACACUUCAAGUUA